CCCAAUGAUUGUUGCGUUGAAAGGAAGGAAGAACUUCUUCUCUUUCUUCUUGAUCGAUCGAUGAGGUGCCGUUACAGGCUGUCAUGCUUAACAGCUUUGGUGGAUGUCAUCAUCUAUCAUUCCGGCAUUCGACUUUGAUCCAUCAGAAUUUUUCUGAAUUUUCAAAAACAUACCGUACUUCCUCAAGUACCUUACCUUUUACGAUUACGUACACUCGUUCUCGUACUGGCAUCGUAUACCAAGGGAUCUUCCUGGCAUGAUACUCGCAGUCGAGGAACAGAUAGUGUUCACUGCAAUCCUAGUCUCUGUAAAAGCUUCAUUUCUGUCGUGAAUUCCAGUGCGAAAAAAUGUUGCCUUCCAGAGCAGCUGCAUCCACUUUUGCAACGCACAGGGAAUCAUCGCCCCCACCACAGCCUUCAACUGCUGUAGCAGACUCGACAACAGCCGUCACUGUGGAGCCAACUACGGCAGCGACAACCGCAGCAGUAACCRAAGCGCCAUCCGUGAAAGUCGAGGAAACGGCUGUAGAGAAAAUAGCCGAAACGGCAGCCCUAGUCGCGGACAGCGCUAAUGCGAAGGGCGCARUGGCAGCUGUCUCUGCGGUGUACGACGGCAAUGUCCUCCCCCCAAGCGGUGAUAGGAACAAUCCAACCGCAACUGCAGCUCCAAGCAACGAUGCAGCUGAACUCCAAACAUCCUCUGCAUCGUCGACAGCUAUUCAUGGUGGCAAAACUGCUGCGACAAGCAAUGCCACAACCGCCGUGAGCAACAAUAUACCUGCACCCGGUAGCAGCAAUGGCAGCGAAAGCAACAAUGCCAAUGUCAAUGCCUGCGAUAAACAGCAAAUCAACAAGCGAAAGGAACGAUUGGAACAAAAUCGCAUCAGCGCMAGGGAGUCGAGAAAGCGCAAGAAGUCAAUGAUUGAGGAAUUGCAGCGGACCGUUAUUGCCCUCACGUCCGAGAACAAGGACCUGAACAGCCGAAACCAAUCGCUGAGGUCUAACCUCGCUGGCAUUGGGCAAAAGGUGCGUUUCUUMACAAUUUUUGUUUCUUUUUCCCUUGGGAGGAAAACAGAAUUCAUGGGAGUAGUAUCGUAUUGUUGGGUAUGUUCGGUCGCGUGGUAGUUACGUGGCCAAUGAAGCUUGUUUCGUUAUCUCUGGUAUCCUAACCAAUUGUUGCUAUUGUCUAUCUACUGAUACAUUGCGAUGUAUGGUUAUGUGUUCUUGUUUGUUCUUUUGUGAAGUACCCAAACUCCGUUUCCAUCCAAGCAAUUCUGAGCGGGGUGCCGAAUCCUUCCCCCCAGCAACAGCGACACCAUCCCUCCCAGCCACAGCCCCACAGGUCUAUGCCCAGCACGGUAGCAGCACCAGGAGCUCCCCACAUACAGAUUGGUGGCCCCACCAUGACAACCAACUUUUUACAGCUCUCCCAGCAACAGCAGCAUCAACUUACGGCAGCGGCCGCGGCUUCCGUUCCCCAGGUCAUUCCCAACAUGGCGGUGGCUCCCCCACAAAUGCUUCCCUACAUCUAUCACAUUCCACAGCCCCAGCACCACCCAGCGCAURCCCURCAACAAGGAGCUCCGUCUACAGUACAAAUGAUGGCUCCUUCCGCGAUGGUGCAAGCAACGCAUUCCCUGGCCCUGGCUCCUAUCCCCCACGUGGUCGGUGGUCAAAUUCCCUCCGCAGCACCGACCACCACCAUUGUGGGACAGCAGCAACCUAUUGCCAUUGCUCCGCAGCCGUCCCACGUCAUACCGCCACAGCAGCAACAGCAACUGGUUACUUUGCAAACACUACCACAGGCCAUUGCGCCGCUGCCGCCGCAGCAUCAACAACAGCAUCAGCAGCAACAACAGCAGCAACAGCAGCAGCAGCAGCAACAGCAACAGCAGCAGCAGCAACGGUCUUACCCACAACAAGCUAUCCCACAGCAGUCCACCAUACAGAUUCUUGCACCAUCCGUACCGCCGCCACCACCACAGGCUCUCCCCGCACCGGCGGCAACCCCCACGGCCGCUGUUCCUGAGACGGUGAUUCGGUCUGAGGUCCCCGAUCCGAUGGCUGCUGCGGCCGCUGCAGCAACUGCAUCCGAGUCAAUCCAGCCGCCCGUGUUGGCAAACGYUCCUCCUCCGGCAGCSGUAGCGGCCCCCGUUGGUGGARUAGUGAUGCCACCGGGGAAUUAAAGGGAUGGACCACGGGGUUUGUAACUGGGAAAGAGCAACAUUCGCUAGAAAUAUUUUUUUGAAAUCGACGCAACUGUACAAGUACCAGCUGUUAGGAAUCAACGUAGAMUUUCAAA